UUGACGAAGAGUUAGCCAUCGAUUGGACAGAAGAUAUUAUCUGAUGAUAGGGUGGACACGAGUCACACUACUAUCACCAGCUGAGGAGGAAUGGGUUCCAUAGAAGUGUCGCGUAAGGUAUGGGUGUCGGCGGCGGCGGUCGUCGUCUUAUUGGCCGCCUAUUGGUAUGAGUUGUCUCGAGUGGACGACCUCUUAGUGCGGCUCGAGAUGACUCAUGAAAGCCUUCUUCACAUCGAAGACAGCGUUUCAGUGAAUCCCAAGACGAAGAUUGCCAUCGGCUUCGGCUCGUGUGUGGAUGUGGUCGCGCAGACACGCGAUGUACUGCUCGACAGGUAUUCGCCACCAAAAGUGGCCAAACCUCACGAUAUCAUUGAGACUAGAGAUGAACUGUUGGAAGCGUUCGCCUAUUUCUUCCAAUUCGGUGCCGCAGCCGAGCGUUAUAUCAAAAACAGUACGCUAUUCGCAGAACUGGUCGCUGCGGCCAAUACUGGCCGACACACCAAACGUACGAUUGGAGGCAACGCUCCGAUAAUGGCCUCGCGUUUUGCCAAAGAAGGGAUCGGCGAAGUACUACUGGCCGCUCAAAUGUCAGCUCAACUCCAGAGCCAAUUGCCAUCGGAUGUGGUGUUGAGUUGUCCUCAUCUGCCUUCCGAUGACAUCCAUUUGCUGCUCGAAUACCCGUUGGACGAAAAGUGGGAAAACAAAUACGUGAGUCCGCGCGCUAACCGUUUCAUUGUCCACAACGACAACAAGAACCCACUCCUCCACUCAUUGGACACAUUUUACGAAAAGGCGGUCGACUUUAAACCCGAUUUAGUGAUUGUAAGCGGCCUUCAAAUGAUGGACAACUUCCCCAUUGAUAUCGAAAUCCGUAAACAACGGAUUGAAGUGUUGAGACAAUCGUUGAUUGAUUUGCGUACGAAUGACCCGAAAGUUCGCAUUCACUUCGAAAUGGCGUCCUUUGCAGAGGAGGCGCUCCUCAAGACUAUAACCGAUAGGAUAUUUCCGAUCGUCGAUAGCAUUGGACUCAACGAACAGGAAGCGCAGAAUUUGUAUAAUCUGUACGUUUACGGCAACCUAUCGGUCGUAUCGGAUCCCUAUCCACGGGUGGCGCUUGUUUUGGACCAAAUGAGACACUUGUACUCAGUGUUGAACAGCGAUAGCGCCGGACAACUGACUCGCAUUCACGUCCACACACUUGCCUUCCAAGCAAUUCUCAUGAGGAAGGGUUCCAAUUGGAAGGCACUGAUGGCUAGCAGUGCGAAGGCGGCGCUCACCGCACACAGGCAUACGUGCGGGUCAGAAGUGAUUGACGUAAACAAAGCCAAACUCAUUGUCGACGAGUCCUUCUCCACGACUCGUUCCGAUAGCAAUAAACGUCGCAUUGGUUUCGACGCUAAGAAUCCGGUCAACUGUUGGGACGAGAGUGUGAGCCAAGACAACGGCGCCACUCAUCAGACCUCUAUAUGUGUGGCGCCGGUACUCGUCUGUACAAAAGUGCUGCAAACGGGCGGCGGUGGCGAUAACGUGAGCGCCGCCGGACUUGUACUUCAAAUUUAAGACUAAUUUGCAAUUAUUUUUUAAUUUUAUUUUUUAUAAUAUACGACACGAAAGACAAUUUCAUGUGUUUUUAAAACUAAUUUUUAAAUGUUUCUAAUUUUAAUAUAAAACUCUCCGAAAUUGU